AUGGCGCGGCCUGGGCGCGGGGCGUGCGAGCGGCCUGGCGGGGCUGCCCCUGCUGGGGCUGAGUCGGGACCGGGACCCCGCGCUGCUGAACCUCGGGGCCGCGCCGCGGUCCGGUUCCCCCCCGCGCCGCCCCCGGCUCGCCGCGGCCGCUUCAACUUCAUCGCCGACGUGGUGGAGAAAACCGCCCCCGCGCUGGUCUACAUCGAGAUCCUGGGCAGGCAUCCCUUCUCAGGCCGGGAGGUGCCCAUCUCCAACGGCUCUGGCUUUGUAGUGUCCCCGGAUGGCCUCAUCGUGACCAAUGCCCAUGUGGUGGCGAAUCGGCGGCGGGUGCGGGUGAAGCUGGCUAGCGGAGAGCUCUACGAUGCUGUGGUCCGUCAGGUCGACCAGGUGGCAGAUAUUGCCACCAUCAAAAUCAACCCCAAGCAACCUCUGCCCACGCUACCUUUGGGCCGCUCCUCAGAGGUGCGUCAAGGUGAGUUUGUUGUGGCUAUGGGCAGCCCUUUUGCUCUGCAGAACACCAUCACCUCCGGCAUCGUCAGCUCUGCCCAGCGUGGCAGCCAGGAGCUGGGCCUGGCCGAUUCCAACAUGGAGUACAUCCAGACUGACGCCGCCAUAGAUUUCGGGAACUCAGGGGGUCCCCUCGUCAACCUGGACGGCGAGGUGAUUGGAGUAAACACAAUGAAGGUGACUUCAGGUAUCUCCUUCGCCAUCCCCUCAGACCGGCUGCGGGAAUUCUUGCAGAAGGAGGAGCAGCGCAAGAGCUCCUGGUUUGGCAGCACGGAGAUGAAGCGCCGCUACAUUGGGGUGAUGAUGCUAACGCUGACCCCCAGUAUCCUGGCCGAGCUGAAGCUGCGAGACUCCAGCUUCCCUGAUGUCUCGUACGGGGUCCUGAUCCACAAGGUGAUCAUUGGAUCCCCAGCCCAUCAGGCAGGCCUGAAGGCGGGUGACGUUGUGCAAGAGAUCAAUGGGCAAGCGGUGCGGCGUGCUGAGGACAUCUACGAGGCCGUGCGGACGCAGAACAGCCUGGCUCUGCUGGUGCGGCGUGGCCAUGACAUGCUGCUGGUGAACGUCAGCCCUGAGGUCACGGAGUAGAGAGCUGUCCAGCUGGCAGGGGUGCCAUGGACUUGGCUUGAAGCACACGAGCCAAGCCAGAGGCUCAGGGUGACAGGCAGGAGGCCCCGUGCUGCCACAAGAGACUCAGGGCCUUUGCAAGAGCCUGAAAUGCCCCAGCCAACGGGGCUGAUCCUGGAACUGGCAUGUUAGGGGGUGGCUGCUGUCUGCUUCCCUCAUCCCCAUUAAACCUCUCGUGGGGAAC